AACCCCAGCGAUGACCGAAUACUACUUAUAAUAUAUCGUCAAGAUGCGUAAGAAAUUUUCCCUCUUUUUAUUCCUUUUGAUUAUAUCCAACGAUAUCGUUUACGGAAAGCAUAGAAAUAGAAGCAAAUCUAAAGCUGAAACUAAGCACGGAGCAACGAAUAGCAAGGCAAACAAUCGCUUGAAACGAUCGCUACUAGUCGAUGUUGAACAAAAGGGAAAUGCAGAGAAGAGAAAAUAUUUUUCAGACCCGAAACUAGAAAAGGAUCCUCCAUUCUGGGGAAACAGGGGAAGACGAGACAGCUCCGAAGUAGAAGACGUAGCCUCAAAGUAUUUUAACAACGAUGAUUACCACAAAUUCAAAAUACCCAAUUACAAUUUAAAACGGGAGGACGACGAAGAUACCCCAUUUUGGGGAAACAGAGGUCGGAGGAAUUCAGAGGAAUCAGAAGAAAUGUUGUACAACUUAGAUAACUCGAUAUAUAAGGAGAGGAGGCAGGAGGAUGAUCCGUUUUGGGGCACGAGAGGGAGACGAGAAGAUAGCGAUCGAAAUUAUAUUAUUGACACUAAUGAUCCUCCAUUUUGGGGUAACCGGGGAAGACGCGAAGAAUCUGAACCCUAUUGGGGUAAUCGCGGAAGGCGCGAGGAAUCUGAACCUUUCUGGGGUAAUCGCGGAAGAAGACAAGAGAAUGAUCCUUUUUGGGCCAACAGAGGAAGAAGAGAAGCGGAGGCCGUCAUGGAUAGUCGCGGAAAGAAGAAACUGACAAGUCGCAUGAUUCUGAAUGACGAAUCGGAACCAUUUUGGGGCAACCGUGGUCGACGACGAUUGAAAAUAAGGAACUCGAUUCUCAAAGCAAUAUAUGACGUAAAAGAGAGCCUCGAUAGUCUAAUAGAACAGAGAUACGAUGGAAAUAAUAAAUACGGAUCCAAAACUUUAAAAACUAGAAUAUCACCUGAGGAAAAAUUUGCAAAAUUAGUGGGAAACGAGUUGGUCGCAAAGAAACCUAACCAAAAAUCAGUUCUCGACGACAGGAUUUACGCUGAGGAACCGCAUUAUAUUAUCGUUGAGCGAAGCAGCAGAUCUUCUGGGGAAUUCGAUCCUUUCUACAUAUCAAGGGGAAAGAAAUUUAGCAAUCUCGAGUUUACUAAAGCUAUUCCAAAUCGACGCGGAGCGUUGGAAGAUUUAGUAAAAUCUGUACGAAACGACCCUUUUUAUAUUGCUCGGGGUAAGAAGGAUAGCGGAAAUACGACAGCAAGUGAUGUUAUAGACAAAAAUGUAUUUUGCAUGAUCUUGGAGCAAAUGUUAAACAAAAAGGUGAAGAGGGAAGUACCUGAACGUUCCGAUAGAGACAGGAGAACUAUAUUGAAGAAUCUAGCACUGAAACUACAAAUGGAUCCAUAUUACGUGAGUAGGGGGAAGAAAGAUUCUGAAGAAAAAGAUAACUUCAUUGAUCGAAUUGUGGCAAAAUGUAAUUCGACUUAG